GAUUGAGUGGGCAGGAACACGGCUGUUGCAAAGGUAGAUUGCGCGGGAGUGUGCUUGUGCAGCUGGAGCCGUGGAGGAGGGAGUGGAACUCAUUGAAGGUGUUUAGGUUUAGUUGCCCCUCCCCAUCUCAAGAUGAUGAAGUUGGGCUUCCUCAGGCUGUCCUACGAGAAGCAGGACACGCUUCUCAAGCUGCUCAUCUUAUCCAUGUCAGCAGUGCUGUCGUUCUCCACCCGUCUGUUCUCUGUACUGAGGUUUGAGAGCGUUAUCCAUGAAUUUGACCCAUACUUCAACUACCGCACCACCCGCUUCCUCACUGAGGAGGGUUUCUACAAGUUCCACAACUGGUUUGAUGAUAGGGCCUGGUACCCACUGGGGAGGAUCAUCGGGGGAACCAUCUACCCAGGGUUGAUGGUCACGUCCGCAGCUUUGUACCAUGUUCUGCACUACUUCCACAUCACCAUCGAUAUCCGCAAUGUGUGCGUCUUCCUCGCUCCGCUCUUCUCCUCCUUUACUGUCAUUGUCACCUACCAUCUCACCAAGGAGCUUAAGGAUGCAGGAGCUGGGCUUCUAGCGGGGGCCAUGAUCGCCGUGGUUCCUGGCUACAUAUCUCGAUCUGUCGCCGGCUCCUACGACAACGAGGGUAUUGCGAUAUUCUGUAUGCUGCUCACCUACUACAUGUGGGUCAAAGCUGUGAAGACUGGCUCCAUCUGCUGGUCGUCGUUGUGCGCGCUGGCAUACUUCUACAUGGUGUCGUCCUGGGGAGGCUACGUGUUUCUCAUCAAUCUGAUCCCCUUGCACGUGCUGGUGCUGAUGCUGACGGGUCGAUUCUCCCACCGAAUCUACGUGUCGUACUGCACUGUGUACUGCCUGGGCACCGUCCUGUCCAUGCAGAUCUCCUUCGUCGGUUUUCAGCCGGUGUUAUCGUCCGAACACAUGGCUGCUUUCGGCGUGUUUGGGCUGUGUCAGAUCCAUGCCUUUGUGGAUUACCUACGCAGCAAGCUGAACCCCCAGCAGUUCGAGAUCCUGUUCAAGAGCAUUAUCUCCCUGGUGGGCUUCGUCCUGCUUUCCGUGGGCACGGUGCUCAUGUUGACAGGUAAAAUCUCUCCCUGGACUGGCCGUUUCUACUCUCUUCUGGAUCCCUCUUAUGCCAAGAACAACAUCCCCAUCAUCGCCUCUGUCUCUGAGCAUCAGCCCACCACCUGGUCCUCCUAUUACUUCGACCUGCAGCUGCUUGUCUUCAUGUUCCCAGUGGGUCUGUAUUACUGCUUCAAUAACCUCUCUGAUGCCAGGAUAUUCAUCAUCAUGUAUGGCGUUACCAGCAUGUAUUUCUCAGCUGUCAUGGUGCGUCUGAUGCUGGUUCUGGCCCCUGUCAUGUGUAUCCUCUCCGGGAUUGGGGUCUCUCAGGUUCUCACCACCUACAUGAAGAACUUGGACAUCAGCCGGCCCGACAAGAAGGCGAAGAAGCAGCAGGACUCCACCUACCCCAUCAAGAACGAGGUAGCCAGUGGCAUGAUCUUGGUCAUGACGUUCUUCCUCAUCACCUACACCUUCCACUCCACAUGGGUGACGAGCGAGGCCUACUCCUCCCCCUCCAUCGUCCUGUCGGCCCGCGGGGGCGACGGCAGCCGCAUCAUCUUCGACGACUUCAGGGAGGCUUAUUACUGGCUGCGACACAACACCCCAGAGGAUGCAAAGGUGAUGUCGUGGUGGGAUUAUGGUUAUCAGAUCACAGCCAUGGCCAAUCGAACGAUCCUGGUGGACAACAACACGUGGAAUAACACCCACAUCUCCAGAGUGGGACAGGCUAUGGCGUCGACGGAGGAGAAGGCUUACGAGAUCAUGAGGGAGCUGGAUGUGAGCUAUGUGUUGGUCAUCUUUGGGGGGCUGACCGGAUACUCUUCUGAUGACAUUAACAAGUUCCUGUGGAUGGUGCGAAUCGGAGGCAGCACCGACACGGGGCGGCACAUCAAGGAGCACGACUACUACACCCCCACGGGGGAGUUCAGAGUCGACAGGGAGGGCUCCCCCGUCCUGCUCAACUGCCUGAUGUACAAGAUGUGUUACUACCGCUUCGGACAGGUCUACACUGAGGCCAAGCGCCCCCCCGGCUAUGACAGGGUGCGGAACGCCGAGAUCGGGAACAAGGAUUUCGAGCUGGACGUGCUGGAGGAGGCGUACACCACAGAGCACUGGCUGGUCAGGAUAUACAAGGUGAAAGACCUAGACAACCGUGGUCUUUCCCGGACAUAACCCUGCCUGCAGCUCCUUUACCACUCGCACACAGCACUGAAGCCCUUCGCCUGUGCCACAGAGAAAUCCAGCCCAAUUUGUUUCUCUUUUUUAUAUAAAGUUUGUAAUUGCAGGAAGAGAUUUGAUUUUUUUUUUGUCUACUGUAGAAUUGCGGAAAUGAAUAAAUGAAGAGGGGUGGGGUGGGGUGGGGGAGGAGAGAAAGGGAGAACAAAAAAGUGCGAAGCGUCCAAUCUGGUGUGAAUCGCUGCCUGAGUGACGAAAUCGACGGUUCUUGUGUCUUAAGCUUUUACAUUGAUCAAAUAAAUAAAAGGAGAAAACGGGGAAA